AUGAACGAUAAAGAUCGUAAUAUAAAUAAUGGUUGGUCAUAUAGUCCCUCUGUAAAAGAGGAAGUCAAUAUAUCAUCCUAUCCACUUACAGAGUGUAAUGAUGUAACGAACCAUUCCAUCAUAAAUAGGCAUCGGCCUAAAGUUUGGGCCCAGACACGACAAGAACUUUGUGAGACAUUAAAUUAUUUUAGAACUUAUCAGAGCGGUGUGUAUCAUAAAGAUAACGUAGUUUAUUCGUAUCUUAUGGAUGCAUUUGGUGCGAAGCGAGAUGUAUGCAAUGGGCGCGUAAUUAUAUCGCAUGGUGGGGGUAAAAGCUCUAAACAGAACAAUGGUAGAUACGGGCUUUUUGAUUCGCAAUUAACCACUGACGCUUCGGUUAGCUCUCUGCUGAACAAUUUCGUCGAUAAACAACCGGUGAUCAUUAUCGUUGGUAAUAAGUGCUCAAUUGUUAAAUUCCAAGUUCCUGCACGGUUUUGCCCGGAAUAUGAAGUCGUCAAUGAAAUUAAUGAUGAUGAUUUGACAGAUGAGGAGGUUUUAAUCAACGACUCUUUGUUUGUUAAACCCAAAACCAAGAAACGUAAAUCUGUGAUAAAGCAUUUCGUUCGUUGGAAAUUUCGAUUUGAAUGGAUGACCAACCAAGAAUUUGAACCUUGGUGGGAAACCCCCGUGGAGACGAUGAUGAUGAACACAUUGAUGAUUGAUACUCCAAGUUACAAUAUAUGUCUCGUGUGUGGAAAUCCUUCCAUUCAGUUUUACGACAUUUGGAUUUGCCUCAAUCAUUUAUGCAAACUGUUUUGGAAGGUUUGGAAUUCGAACCAAAGAAAUUGGGAAUUCGCUCCACAAAACCUUACUUACAAACCGACAUUUUUAAACCCCGGGUUUGUUCCUAAAGAAUUGUUGAAGAAACCGCUGCCAUUUAGCAUUGUUCCUCCUUUGAUACCCACUGCUCAAUUUGGAUUUGACACUUACACUUCGCUACAAUGGAAAGGUUAUCACUGCCGAAGGUGUGGAAGGGUAUCAUGUCGCAUUAAAUGGAAUGGUUGGGAGUGUUUUAACUGUCAUAAAAUACAAUCUGCGCCGAGAUUGAUUAUCGACAAAUCAAUGUUGGUCGAUCCUUACCGACCAGUCUUCACCGGCCCAGCCACAGAUUGUGAUGGGUCUAUCUUAGAGGGCAGUGAUAUUUUUCGAAAACGAACCGUUUUAUCUGAUGGUGAAAUUUUAAUGGAAUACAAAUUUCCAGAAGGUGGACAUGUGUUUCAUUAUGUGUCGAAUGAAAAAACCAAUAAGUUGCCCGACAUGUUUUUGAAAGAAUUUCAGAAAAUUGAUUGUGCAAAUUUGAAAAGACAUCCUGUUAAACAAUUGUUGAAUAGGAUGGGAUCUUGUUUGUUCUCGAGGCAAUUCACGCUUAACAUCGGAGCGCAUUAUAAGCAAGCGCUCGAUUUGGAUACUGUACCUUGGUCAAGUGCCCCGAAAGUAUGCAAGGACUCUUUUGUGUAUAUGCAGAACAUUGUCAGGAAUUUUAUUGUUCCAAAAGCCAAAUUCAACCAAAUGCUCUCGGCUAUAUACAUGGAAGGUCAAAAAAUGUCAUGGCAUGAUGAUGGUGACAAAGGAGUUGGACCGGUCAUAGCGACCCUUUCACUAGGAUCCUCCGCGGAAAUGAAAUUUCGUCGAAAAGUAAAAAAAGAUAAACUCGUGAAUGAAGUCGAACCAGCUGGAAAAAAUGUUGAAAUUGCGAGUUUAGAAACAACAGAACGUGAAGUUGAGGCCUUUUCUACAUGUUUAGACUCCAAUAGGAAAAGGAAGUUAAUGAAUAACGAGGGCACUUUCCAAGAAAAUCAGGAUAAUCCCAAUGCAAAUGGAAUUAAUGAGUCCAAAAAAGGAAGGAGGAAGAGGUUCUCUAGAAAUGCGGUAGGUAGUAAAAUCAAACCUCAAGUCGAACAAGAAUUGGAAAGUGCUAUGAAUGUUCAAUUACCUCCAAUUAGAAAUUUAACCACUCCUGAAGAGGAUAAACUACCCGAAUUUUCAAGUAUUGUAUCAAAAUUAGAGGAAUCCACGAAUCGAUCUUCAUACCUGCCUAUUGAUAUUUCUAAGUAA